AAUAAAACUCACUGAGGUCUGGGAGAAAAUAGCAGAUCUGCAGCAGAUAGGGUAGAGGAAAGGGUCUAGAAUAUGUACAUGCAGCUGACUGAGGCUGGCUCCACGCUGGACUGUUACAGAGAGGAAACAAUAAAUCUCAGCUACUAUGCAAUAAAUAGCUCCAGUUUUAACUAAGGGGACGAUCACUGCAGUAAAAGAAUAAUUAAUAAUAAAAACCAACAUUUUGGAACAAAACUUUACAAAAUGGCUAGUCUCCUAUGAUUCUGCUUCCGAAGUGUUGUUGGAGGGGGGACAGUCCAACAAGCCAGCGGUGUUACCUGGAAUAAAGAGCUAGGCUAAAGGGCAGAAGAAAGGAGCCCGUCUUGCUGCGAGAGGCACGGAAGGAGCGCGCGGGCCGUACGAUGACAGUGUUCCUUUCCCUGGCUGUCCUGGCUGCAGCUCUGACGCCCGUAGGGUGCAGCAACCAGCGCCGGAGUCCAGAGCACGGAGGGAGAAGAUAUAACCGGAUUCAGCAUGGGCAGUGUGCCUACACGUUCAUCCUCCCGGAGCACGACGGCAACUGUCGGGAGAGCACGACCGACCAGUACAACCCGAACGCCCUGCAGAGGGAUGCGCCCCACGUGGAGCCCGAUUUCGCUUCCCAGAAACUUCAACAUCUGGAGCAUGUGAUGGAAAAUUAUACCCAGUGGCUGCAAAAACUUGAGAAUUACAUUGUGGAAAAUAUGAAGUCGGAGAUGGCUCAGCUACAGCAGAAUGCUGUUCAGAACCACACGGCCACCAUGCUUGAGAUCGGGACCAGUCUCCUGUCUCAAACCGCAGAGCAGACCCGAAAGCUGACGGAUGUUGAGACCCAGGUAUUAAAUCAAACUUCUCGACUUGAAAUACAAUUGCUGGAGAAUUCUUUAUCAACAUACAAGCUGGAGAAGCAGCUCCUUCAACAGACAAAUGAAAUCCUAAAAAUUCAUGAGAAAAACAGUUUAUUAGAACACAAAAUAUUAGAAAUGGAGGGAAAACACAAGGAAGAGUUGGAUGCAUUAAAAGAAGAGAAAGAAAACCUUCAAGGCUUGGUUAAUCGUCAAACCUAUGUAAUUCAGGAGCUGGAGAAGCAAUUAAGCAGAGCCACCAACAAUAACAGUGUUCUGCAGAAGCAGCAGCUGGAGUUGAUGGACACUGUGCAUAACCUUGUCAACCUUUGCACAAAAGAAGGUGUUUUACUAAAGGGAGGAAAAAAAGAGGAAGAGAAACCAUUUAGAGACUGUGCAGAUGUAUAUCAAGCUGGUUUUAAUAAAAGUGGAAUCUACACUAUUUAUAUUAAUAAUAUGCCAGAACCCAAAAAGGUAUUUUGCAAUAUGGAUGUUAAUGGGGGAGGUUGGACAGUCAUACAACAUCGUGAGGAUGGAAGUCUGGAUUUCCAAAGAGGCUGGAAAGAAUAUAAAAUGGGCUUUGGAAAUCCCUCUGGCGAGUACUGGCUGGGGAAUGAGUUUAUUUUUGCUAUAACCAGUCAGAGGCAGUACAUGCUAAGAAUUGAGCUAAUGGACUGGGAAGGAAGCCGUGCCUAUUCACAGUAUGACCGGUUCCACAUAGGAAACGAAAAGCAAAACUACAGGUUGUAUUUAAAGGGUCACUCUGGGACAGCUGGAAAACAGAGCAGCCUGAUCUUACACGGAGCUGACUUCAGCACUAAAGAUGCUGAUAAUGACAACUGCAUGUGCAAAUGUGCCCUCAUGCUAACAGGAGGUUGGUGGUUUGAUGCGUGUGGCCCCUCCAAUCUAAAUGGAAUGUUCUAUACUGCUGGACAGAACCAUGGAAAACUGAAUGGGAUAAAGUGGCACUACUUCAAAGGGCCCAGUUACUCCUUACGUUCCACAACGAUGAUGAUCCGGCCAUUGGACUUUGGAGAGCACAUUGUCAGAAGCAAUUAGGAAGACAACAGAGAAAUCUGGGAAAGCCACCAAAUGAGAAACUGCUUGAAAAUCCCUGGAGUAAACUCUAUUGUCUCCUUUCCAGCAGCAAGUGGUAGUUACGUGAAAUCAUCAAGGUUCCUGACUGUGGAUUUGGGGCUUUCUUGUGUGUUCACAGAAGUCUCUCUGUGGGGUCCCUGUGUGCUUGUGGUGUGGACAUAGAGAAGGCCACUCCCAUCGUGUUCGAGAGGGGAAGAAACUGCUCAGCGCGCUGUGCUUCAAACUACUACUGGAUCUUAUUUUGGAACUAUGGCAGCCAGAUGAUAAAUGUGGUUUCUUUCAUGUAAAACCGAGGAAGGAGGAAAAGCACGAUGGAGGGAAAAAAAGAUAUACAUGAAGAACGAAAACAGGCCUUUCGUAGUCCUUCGGAGAAGAUGAGGGGAAAUGUUAUGUCUAUGCAAACCUACUAACAGAUGAACUUCUACCAGUGUACAGUUUUAAUAGAUAUUCAGGAAGGAUGACAGUGCUCCCUGCGUCAGGAAAUUAUAAAUGGCUUUCAGAAGCCUAAUUUCAUGAUCAUAUUCAACAGUUUACAUCAGUUAGCCCAUCUGGAAAUUUAACUCUGUUUGGGUAAGCCAUGAUGAAUUUUCUAGUGCACAAAGAAUAACAGUGAGAGGUAACAAGCACACUUUAUUAUCUCUUACACAUUUCCAAAAAAUGGACCUAAGUUGGGAUGACUGAGGUAUAAAAAAAUUUUAAAUGACCUGUUCCCCUCACCCUAUGUUGCAGUUUUCAUUUAUUGUAAAAACUGACUGACUGAUAUAUAAAUAUAUUUAUAACCUGAGAAAAGUUUAAAGAAUGUGAAAUAUAUCACUAAGGGGUUUUUUAUAUACAUGCAUUUAAUAUUUCCUUUGUACUACACAGGAAGCAGUAUUUUUGUGUGUGUUAAACUGAAGUAAACCGUAGUAAACUGGAACAGGUAAUUUUGUAGUGUCUUCUUCCAUAUGUUCACUUAAAUAUACUUCUUUACUUUAAAAAAGGUUUUAGAUCUUCAAUUCUAUACUCUGUUAAUCCGUGUGAUUUAAUAUUUGUUAAUUAACCGAAGUGUGCUUACCAUGUCUACCCUGUUCCAGUUUCUAUAAAGAUACACUUUGAAGUAUAUGAGAAAUUAAAGAGGAAUUAUGAAUAUCAUUGUACAUAGCUUGUUUAUAUCCAUGGUCAGCCUAGUAGCUGCUUAAUCUGGACUGUGCAACACUAUCCCUGAUUCAUGAGAAUAAACACCGCUUCUGAAAGAAACCUGUAUUUCUUUGUGAAAUACAUUUCUCUAUGGUUUUCUCCUUCAGGCUCUGUUUCCUUAAACUAUUUCUGAUUUUUUAAAAAGCAUUACUAGGAGAGAAACUUGGACAAACUAUCAAUGUUAUAUGCAAGAAAAAUACAUAUGAGAGAAGCAACCGCAGUCAUCCAGCUGACUGAUAACAUUAUGAACCGUGGAACAACGAUCCUUUGGGAUCAUCCAUUUUGCAGGACUACUUGGCAGCGUAGUAAUGACAAUUGGAAGUCAUUGCAGUUUUCCAUCAAGCAGUGUUCUCUGCUUCUUUAAAAAAGUGGUGCAAAGACCUGAUUUGUCCUCCUCUAGCUUCGCUCUAGCCAUGAAGCAGAAGUCAAGCAUGCAUUCUCUCUCCCCACUUCCUUCCCCUGACACCAACCACUCCUUCCACACUUGCUUCCUUUUAUGCUGGGUUUAAUCAUUCUUUGCAAAGGCAACAGAGAACUCACAGAAGAUACUCAUAAUUAAGGGGGCUUAUUAGAGGAGUUAAAAGAUGACCACAAGCCAGAAUCAGAAAGCCUUAAGGAGAAAGGCUUUGGUCCACAGCAGCACCUCUGGUCAGCCAGAACCAAGUCUCUCUCCCGUCCACACCCUUGUCCAAGUCCAAGUCCCUCUCCCGUCCACAUGGUCCCUCGUCCACAUGGUCCCUCAUCCAAAUCCAAGUCUCUCUCCCGUCCACAUGGCCCCUUGGCCUCAGCCUCUGGGGGCCAGGAAGCCAACCCCACCCCUCAUCCUCCCCUUCUUGGUCUGGGGGCUGUUUCUGUGUCCCCUCUCAUGGCCUCCCUCCCUCCGCCUCAGGGGCCUUUAGCCGCGGCCUCCACCACGUCUGCUCAGGAUCUUGAAGGGGAUUCGCCCUCUGCCGCUGCUUCGGAGAUGGUGCCUUUCAGUCAGUGGGUGGUGACUAAAACUAACCACUUCCCUCUAUUAGUGUGACGCACACCUCAUUUGCAUAGUGUCACCCAAUCAUUUGGCCAGAUGUACAGAAACAUGGGUAGAAGAGUUAUAUUCAGAAAGCUCAUUCUACCACACGUAAAAGAGUUAUUGGCUCUUUCAUAAAAAUCAAAAAGCAAAUUUCAAGGCAAUAAAUUAUUUCAAAUUUAGUGACUUGAUUCAUUUAUGCCUUGGUGGUUUUUCUCUUUUUGAGAGAAUAAACCUAGUCAAAAUUUUCAGAAAAUAUUUUUAAUAUUAUUGUAUCAUUUUUAUAAUUUUGUAUCUUUAUAUACAAUCCCAUGUUGCUGAUGUUAUACAAUAUUUCUAUUCUUGGUGGCUCCAUCAUAACCUCUGUUUCUAAAAUUCUUGAUUAGUUUCAUUUAAGUAAUAUAAGUAAAUGUUGUGUUCUCUUAUGCUCUGUAAGAAUUUUUAAUAUUUUUAAACUAGUUUGGAUAAGACUAUUUCCCAUCUUGUAUUAAAAUAAAAAAAGAAAAAGAAAAAAGAAUGCAUGAUACUGUUUUGUUAUCUAGUUACAAAAAUGAAAUAUUGUUUUUAAUUAUUUAUAUUAAAGCAAUAUAAAGUGUUUUAUAAUGCCAUUUUGUGUAUUGUAUAAGGCCUACAGGUUUGCUUCAAUUUAACAUGUAUAUCUUUUGCAUUUAAUUAUUUCAGGAUAAAAUGAUUAGGUAUUAGAGUUUGUCUUUUAAAUUUUCAAUAAAAGUCAUGUGGUCUCUA